GUUAGUGACACGCUAGCAAAAAAAGGUCUAUUUGUGUCCCGUAUCCACGAGCUAAUGGCGAGCAGUCAGAGGAAUGAAACUCUAGAGUUUCUCGAAAAGGACGGAUACUAUUACUGGGCAGACUUCGAGGACACUCCGUUUGCCGAAGGUACCUCACGAUAUGCCUACGAAGGCAGGCUUCACGGCCGAGGCCCCAGAGAUGGGCUCGUUGUGUAGUCAAAGUUUUCAAGGAGCAGUACACCAGACACAUCACUGAAUGGAUACCAGACAUUGCCGCGUCCACGAGAGCACAAGAACUUGCAGAACAGUGGAAUGUGUACAAAUCGACAACUCGACCGCCUCACUUUCGAAUCCCCGUUAUCGCAAAGAUGGAUAAGGUGGCGACUUCCUUCGCUUUUGGUUUCACUCAGAACUCACAGACAAGCGUACGAGUCAACGACUACGUCGCGAUUGAAGACUUUAUCACCGGUGUCUACGAAAAAUUUAAUAGCAACAGCGGAUGGGUAAACAGCAAUGGCCACUUGUUUGCGUCUGCUUUUUCACAUUACACUUGGCACAAGACCAAUGGCCGAGAGUUAGUCUGCGACCUGCAAGGAGUGAGAAAAGGCGACUCGUACGAGCUAACGGAUCCGGCUAUACAUUCACUGAAUCGGCUGUACGGUAUGACUGAUCUGGGUCAAAGGGGAAUGGACGCGUUCUUCGACAGCCACCAGUGCAACGAGUUGUGCUACGGGCUUUCUUUACCGGCUGGGCAUCGGCGGCAGGCUGUUUUGGUUGCGCGACGCAACACGUCCUACACGUUCGAACUUUGGAAUUAGUAAACACAUUUGCAUAUCCUACUUGAAUUGACGGACGUUAGACUUACAUGUAUAGAUGGCAUGUAUGCAGUGCUGUUGUUUGUUCUAGAUGUUUUGCAUUGGUAAAUUGGCUCAGCAGUUUGGCCUCAAUCUAUAUACUAUAUAGUAUAUAGUAUAUACUAUAUAC